CAAACGUCAAUGUCAAAACAAAAGGUCAACAUUCCAAACGAUGUGAGGUCGAAAAAUUUUGCGCAAAAUGUUUAACAAAGUGCUCCAACGCGCUCUCAAGUUCCGGCUGAAGAAGAGCUAUCCCACAAACAUUUAUGACUUGUCUCGGGGCUCCGCCAUUGCGGUUAAGAGGCCGUACAGCGACGAGGUGCGUCGCGCUCAAGCCCAGAGCAUCGCGACGCCCGGCCCGACGAUAUUUGACAAGAUCAUUUCCAAGGAAAUAAAGGCGGAUAUCAUUUACGAAGAUGAGUUCUGCCUGGCUUUCAACGAUAUCUCGCCUCAGGCUCCUGUACAUUUCCUGGUUAUACCUAAAAGGCGAAUUGCUAGGCUUCAAGACUCAGUGGAUUCCGAUAAGGAGCUGCUCGGGCACCUGAUGCUAGUAGCUCGUUCUUUAGGAUGCGCACGCGCCCCGUCCGGCUGGCGUUUGGUCAUCAACAAUGGCCGUGACGGCGCGCAGUCGGUCUACCAUUUGCACCUGCAUGUCCUGGGAGGAAGGCAGAUGGGCUGGCCACCAGGGUAAGAUCGGUGUUGCCAGUGAUGAAAACGCGAGGUGAAUGGUAGUUUUUGGUUUGGCAGAAAUAUUCAGUGGACUGAGUGUGAGUUUACAUCACUAGUGAGCGCGUUUAAAAAUUGUAUGAAAAUUUUAGUUUUUGAUAGUUUCCCGCUAGGGGCGCUGUACAAUCGGUCAUACAUUUAAUGUCAUUUUUUGACGCACUUACUAGUGAGCACGUUUGAAAAAAACUCAAACUCAGCCCUCUUUAAGGGAUCUUUGAAAUUAAGUCCACAAAAAAUUAAUAGUAACAGAUAAAAAGUUAUUCAAUUUUGAAAUAACCCUUUUUGGAUCCUCAGUAGGUUAAAUACGGCCUUGGGUAAGUUCCGUGUUGCCAUCAAUGAAAAUGCACAAUGUAAAUGGUACUUUUUGAUUUGGCAGAAAUAUUCAGUGUCUAAGGGCUCUUUAAAAUUACUUUUUGGCCCCGCAAUCGGGCCCUUGUCUCAAAUAAAGAGUUCUUUCGUUUUGCCACCAUUUAUUUUGACUAUAAAAAGGCCCCUAGGGUCCCCAGUAGGCUGAAGACGCCCCUGGGUAAGAGUCCAGUGUUGCCAGCAGCGAAAAUGUAAAUUUUAAUGGUAGUUUUUUAAUUUGGCAAACAUAUUCAGUGUUUAGUGCUCUUUCAAAUACGUCUGAGCGCUUGUAAAACCGCACACUUUUGAUAAUGCUGGCAACACUGUUCAUAAAUUAAUGUCAAAUUACUGAAUAAAUUCUAAAUUGUUAAAUGACCUCUUUUUUUUGUAAAAAGUUCCGUCAUUUUAUUUAUUUCUGAAAAUGUAAGUGCCUUUUAAAUUACAUUAUUUAUUAAAAUUAAUGUACAUUAAGCUACUAACCAAAUUAUGUACAAACAUAGUUUUGUAUAGUCGUAGGCACAACAGUGUCAUGGGCCAAGUUCAACUAAAGUCCCAAAAGCUCAAUUUUUUACUAAAGAAUAUCGUGUCAUAAUAAAAAAUAACGCCAUAGUUAGCUUGUAGUGCAAUAUAUUGGCCAAAUUAGUUUUGUAAGUUUACUAAAAAUUGUUUUAAAUAUAAAUACAAUUUGAAUUGGGUGGUAUUUUGUAUUGGGUUCACAGAAAACACGGUGGUCAAUUCCGUAUUAUGUAUACAGCGUAGGGCGUGCCACUUCAGUGGAUUGAUUACAUACAAUCCGGUUGAGUUAACUGCGAACCUGCCAGCCGUGACGUCACGUCAUCAGGUCUGACGCAGAAUGUGCACUUCGCGAAAUGCGCACUUUUCCAGAUUAAUAUUAUACAAACAAACUCUUCAGCCUUUACAUUUGUAUAAAAAAGUGCGUAUUUUUUGAAGUGCUCAUUUUGCGAAGUGCACAUUCUGCGUCAGACCCGUCACAUCGACGCUCCGGUACGCACAGGGCGAACGCGGGGUGGUGUAGGGGUUAGUGGGAGGGAGAGUCGUAUUCCAACGAAGUGCGCAGUUAGCUUGAUCGGGUUGUACGUAUAGACUAAGAGCUAGUGAACGCCUGACCUACGUCAUUUUAUAAAGGCUGAAAGUUUGUCAGCGUAUGCUCCCAACAUAGGUUAGAAUGUUGGUGGAUCAUAAAGUUUGGGUCAUCGAGGCUUUGGCAGCUAUCCUAAAAAAACUGUCUGGCAAGGAGUUGGAACUGUCAAAUCGUUGCCAAAGCCACGAUGACCCAAACUUCAUGAUUCACCAACAUUCUAUCCUAUAUCGGCUCGUGGUGAAAGUUAUUCUUGUGCAAUGAAGACGUAAAUUUCAAUUUUAUUCUGUGAAAAGGGCGAAUGAUAUUAUUACUGUUUUUCUCUAUUUUGAGAAGAAUACGUUUGCACGAGAAUUUUCCUUCACGCCACGCUGCAAGUCUAUUGAACAGUGGACGUCCUAUGCAUGUCAAAAAAGCUGGAAUUUGUUUACAAGAAGUAAUGCCACAGUUUGGAGCUCAUGAAUACUGGAGUGGUUUUAUGAUAUUUACAACAAUGGAAGUUAAAAUCCAAAGUUUGUUUUUCAUGCAUAACAAAGCAGGUAUUUGACCGCAAUCGCACCUGGUGUUAAGUGAGAUGUUGUCUAGGAUGUUACAUAUCUGCCCUGUAAGUGCCUAUUCACUCUCGCCUUGAAGUUUUGUACAAAAUUUUAC